GAUUGAACUAUGAAUUUCCUGGACGGGGGUGUAUUGCCUUGUGGAUGGAGUCAGUGAUUAAAAGUGGGUGAACUUGACACUCUAAGGGCAUUCGAUGUUGAGCUGUUCACCGCGGUAGCUCGGGACUAAAUCAUACGAGAUGGCAAUGAUGAGUGUUAACGGCUCGCUGUCUGAUGCUGAAACCUACACUAAUAUUACCGAUGUGAACAUUACUACAGCUUCGCCACCGAUGGGGCCACCGAUGGACGGGCCACGGUGCCGUUGGCCGGCUCCUACUCCAGACUGGCCGGUAGCAUUUGCAGAAUGGCAAUGGGGGUGGUACGUACACAUCUACACAUUCCCUACGCUGUAUCUCUGUCUGACCAUUUACAUCAUCGUGUGGUUUGUAAGCAGCUGCUUAAACGGGGACUCAAGAGGCGAAGGGGGGUACCGUGGGAACAAGAAGACACCCCGUCUGAACGCCACACUACACGGUUUAGUUCUCGUGUCGUGCUCGUCAAGAUGUAUCUUUCUGUACAUUGACCCUUACGGAACUCGGAAACUGCUUCCAUGUCCACUGGGACCAGUCUUGUGGUCAAUGGGAUGGCCUUUCAUCACGGCAUCGAUAAGUGUGCUCCUUCUUGUUCUCCUCGAAACAACAAAGAUGUCUCUAGCUCCACCGAAGUUUCAGCGGCCGUCUGUCCUCGCCUGCAUCGUCGUCCCCUCUCUGUGCUUCGUCCUGGUGGCUGACUUUCUCGUCGCGUACGACAACUCGACAAAAUAUGCCCUGCUGGUGUGCCAGGUCAUGUUCAUUAUCUGGGGUGCCCUACUUGGCUCGGGGUUCCUCUUCGUGGCGUGGAAGAUGCGCCACAUCGUCGCAAACUCCAAGGGGUGUUACACCAGCGAGGAAGUAGGUGUGCGAGAGACGGGUCGCCUGAAGCGACUGAACAGUAUCGUUCUCUCCUGCUCGCUCGUCGGACUUGCCCUCACCGUGACCAAUCUCUACGCCGUGGUGUCAAUCUUCAUUCCCUCGUUCCGUUCCGGGUAUACCAGCCCAUGGAGGUGGAUGGUAUUCCAGACGUGUCAGCGCCUUCUGGAGGUGUCAAUUGUCGUUCUUGUCUUGAUGGCUGUCGCUGGAACGGGUAAGUGGAGCAGGAAGUCGGUGGCACCGUCCUCGGCUGCUGUCACCAGGGCUGGUACUGCGUCGGUCUCCAACAUCCCAGUUUAGGAUACCUCUUCCUCUUCAAAAAAACUAUUAUAAAUAAAACUAUUGUAAACUCGUUCAAGAAAACGCUGAUAAAUAUUCUGUUGGGAAUUUCAAUGUAAAUAUUAAACUUUACUGCAAACGCAGAAUGAAAAGUAAAAAUGUAUGAACAACUAUAAUUGUACGCUCGUUUAAAUAGUGGUUUUAAUCCACUGCUGAAUAUUCGGUUGAAAGGACAAUUUAACUAUUUUAAGUAAUUGCAAACGCAACAUGAAAGAAAACGUUUGCCUUUUGCGUUUGACGGGACCCUUAUAAAGGACAGGUAAAAAGAAAGACCAAUUUAAAACAACAACAAAUAUAUAAUUGAUACCUUGAAAUCGUAGUUCGUUUUCAUGUCGUUCACACGAAAUACUUUACAUUGCAAUGAUGUCGUUCCCUCAAAAUAAUGCUGCAUACUAUUUCGUUCCGUUAGGAAAUUAUUUCUUUUUUUGGAAGUAUCAAGUGUCGAGAAAAUGAAAGUCGAUUUCGAGGGGACGAAUACAUUUCUAUAUGGAACAAUGUCGGCCUAUAUAUAUUUUUGUUUUGGUACAUAUAUUUUGUUCUCUAUUUUUUAACUGUCCCUUAUGAAGCCCGUACAUGAAGUAUAAGUCGAGGUUUAUGUUUUUUAUAAGCUUAAAGGCAGUGGACACUAUCGGUAACUACUCAAAAUAAUUAUUCGCGUAA